AUCCGUGGACCGAGUUUGACACGUAUUCGCGCACUAUUCUGCUACUGAAAUGUUCUAUUCCGCGUAUCAGGCUCAGGGUCGCGGCCUCGCGCCCUCGCGAUACAACUUGUACUAUGCAGCAGAUAGUUCUGAUGUAUAAAUAAAAUAUGGUUUAUAGCAAUAACCACAAAAUAAUUUUACAAAUACUUAUGAAUGAAGGUUUUUUAAAUGAAAAUAAAGCAAAAGAAUUCGUUAUUAAAUUAUUUAAUGAUGAUAAAGUAUCAAUAAUAAUAAAUCAAAUAAAUGAGCAAUUACAACCUUUAAACAUGUUAAUUAAAAAAGCAUGGUGUGAAAUUACAGGCCAGAUAUAUUGGAUUUUAAUAAGCACUGUAUUUGAUGAAAUAACCAGAUUUCAAUCUGAAUUUUCAAAAGAUCAACUAGCUUUAUUAAGAAAUAUAUUUUCUGAAAUUAUAACAUCAAAUAAUGGAUGUAUACAAAGUACAAUAUGUUUAAAUUUAUGUUCUUUGCCAGAUAUAAAAAUAUCAAAAGCAAAAGCCGAAGAAUUUCUUGAUGAUAUAGUUAAUAGAAAAUGGUUGGCUUAUAAGGAUGGUUAUUAUUAUAUGGGUGUAAGAAGUAUAACAGAAUUAAUGCCAUAUUUUAGAGCCACUUAUGAAAAUAAUUUAAAUAUUUGUAAUCUUUGCAAACAAAUCAUUUUCCAUGGUAAAAAAUGUAAUAAUUGUGGAACUUCCUUUCAUUUAUAUUGUUUAAAGAAAUUUAUUAUGAUUUAUAAUUCCAUAAAGUGUUCUAAUUGCAACACAGUGAUUUCAGAUAUUGAUUUAUCUGGUAUAUCAGAUGACUGUGAUCUAACAGAAGAAAGUAUGGAUAAAAUAAAAUUAUCUAAUAAAAAAUUCUCAAAAAGAAAAAAUUAAAUAUAGUUAAACUAUAAAACAUUUUUUAUAAAUAUAUUUUAUUAUC